AUGGGAAAGAAGAAGGUUCUCGUCUGCUACGGUGUGGAUAUCGACGCCGUUGCCGGCUGGCUCGGGUCAUAUGGUGGUGAAGACAGUACUAGUGACAUCAGUCGAGGUCUAUGGGCUGGAACCAUUGGUACACGUCGACUCUUGAAGCUGUUUGAAAAGUACAACAUCAAAGCGUCUUGGUUCAUUCCUGGCCACUCCUUGGAGACGUUCCCAGAAGAAUGCGCCAUGGUGCGGGAUGCAGGCCACGAGAUCGGCCUGCACGGAUACAGCCACGAGAACCCUGUCGACAUGACGCUAGAGCAGCAGCGCGACGUUCUGGACAAAACGUGGAAGAUGCUCACAGAGUUUUGCGGCAAGCCGCCCAAGGGCAGCGUUGCCCCGUGGUGGGAGACGAGCGAAGAAGGUACUGAGCUGAUGCUGAGCUACGGUAUCGAGUAUGAUCACUCCAUGUCGCACCACGACUGCCAAGCAUAUUGGUUGAGGACUGUGGGGGGUUUGACUUAUACCAAAAAGGCAGAGGAAUGGAUGAAGCCUUUGGUAAAGGGCAAAGAGACGGGGUUGGUCGAGAUUCCCGGGUCUUGGUACAUUGAUGACCUUCCACCAAUGAUGUUUAUGAAGAACUCUGCAAACUCACACGGUUGGGUGAACCCAAGGGAUGUUGAAGACAUCUGGCGAGACCACUUCGACUACUUUUACCGAGAAUAUGAUGAGUUCAUCUUCCCAAUGACCAUCCAUCCCGAUGUUUCGGGUCGGCCUCACGUGCUACUCAUGCACGAGCGGAUCAUUGAGCACAUCAAUAAGCACGAAGGCGUUGAGUGGGUGACCAUGGGCGAGAUGAGUGACUAUUUCAAGUCCAAGAACCCUGCCCCUGAAGGUGGCUUAAUGCCUGCCAGCCAGGAAGAGGUCAUGAAGAAGUACGAGGAAUGGAAGAAGACACAAUCAUAG